AUGGCUUCGCAUGUGGAUAUCUCAAUUCGUGUUCCGCUGAACUCUUCGUCUGUGGCUCCUUCAUCUCGAGCCAGUCUGCUUCCGCACAGACCUUCCCUCGAAACAGUCUCCACUCAACCGGUUUCCUUUUCUAUAUCCCGAAUUUUAGGGUUUGAAGGCAACCCCUUUCAGCCUCCGGCAUAUUCGCUACCUCCUGGUAUGUAGAAUUCCUUAUAUCUUAAUAGGUGACGUCUAUUUUUGAAGUUCAAGGACGUAGCUGAUUGUAUCUUCAGUGAAUUAAGCGUCAUAGGGAAAUGAGUCUUUGGAUAAUCUUUUUCCUCCAAAUUUGAAAGAAGUAAAACUAGAUCAACGGAACACAAAUAACUGUCAUGUUAGGACACGAUCAACAUAGAUUUCCAGUAAAGAGCUAAAGACAAUGUUGCAUCCGAUAAGUUGAAGGGGUGACGCGAGAGGAACAAUCAGAAAGUAAAAUAAAUUUAAGUUAGACGACCACGGAUUAUUACUCUCUAUACCCUCUACAGUGGUUUCCUUGGACUAACGCAAGAGAAUACCAUCUCCCUGUAAUACAUGACUUUAAGUGCUAAUUUACUUGGAAAAUGUAGAACACAUAGACUAUGAGGUUUGCAAAUUAAUUCUGGUUUAUCGUAUUAAAAUUGUCCAAGUUGUGUUGUUGGAAUCAAAUAUCUGAAUGAUAACCUCCUUGCCUUCCUUCAAAAUGCUUAUAGUUCGUUUAUAAAAUGACUAGAUAUUUAGCCAUGAAUGAAUGAAGUCAUUCCUUUAUCUUGGGUCCUGUUUCAGCUUAUGAUAACUCAACCAACGAGAGCAUUAAAGGGAGCUUCAGAGAAGACAACCGACAAACCUACGAGCACUCGUCGAGCGUUGACACCGACAACCUGAGCACUGACUUACACAGCGUCACAAACCAAUCCAGUCUAUCCACCGCGCGGCCAAAGAUGAAAAGGAAACAACGAACAACGUUUUCACCUCUAGAAGUCUGGGAACUGGAGAGCGUGUUUGCACAGAGACCAUAUUUAAUGCCAGAGGACGAAGACGAAUUGGUACAAAAACUUGGACUCACUGUAAGGAAUAUACGGGUAAGAUUUGUCUACUUAAGUUUUUGAAUACUGUGUAAAAGGCUUUUGCUUUAUGCCGUUGAAUCUCUUCGCACAAAAAAAAAAAAUUAGGAAUAUUUAUUUACAUACGUAUACAGCUGUUUCGAAAAAGGUUUUCAGGGGAAAAAAGGACAAAAGUACAAACAAAAAUUCCGAGAGGCAUUUAGGGUAGUUUUCAGGUCACGGUUGCUUGAGCUCAGGGUUUCAGGAAAUAUCAGAAAACCUCAGUGUGAGGACAAGGAUCUGCCGGUUUGAUGAGUUUAAUUACUUAUUUAAUUUAUUAAAAUUCAUUGAAUACCAGAUACCCAGAUAACCUUUCGAGACUGUGGCAUGUUUUCGUUUUUGCACAUUACUUACCUUACAUUAACGAAAACAAAUAGGAAUUCUUCCCAUCAGCCGCAUGAAGAAAGUUGUUAACGAUUAUUUAAUUUAAUAUUUUCAGUUCUGGUUCCAAAAUCGUCGGGCCAAGUUACGGAAACAAGCAAAAGCCUCGAUUGAUGUCAAUCGAACCAGCCGGCCGAACCAGUUUGACCAGUUUCCGCUUCCACCUUCACCGCCACCGUACAAUAAAUAUCAGCCUGGAAAUCUGUUUUAUCCAGCUUUCCACAGCCCAUAUCGUCCACAGUUCAACUGGCAAGCUGGAUUUUCGCCGAGAAUGUUGCCAUCAUACUUACAUAAGGAUGCACCUUGCUCAUGCUGUAAUAUGAAGUCAACGGCCAAACAGGAGGACCACAUAAAGAAACCAGUUUAG